AUGCUAGGCCUACCAGCAAAGCCGAAUGGCCCUUUACCUAGCAAUCGGGCUGCUGCGCAAUACAACUUUAAAGCUCCUAAAGCAGGUCCAGUACCCGGUCAGACACUGGUCGGCCAAAUGAUCAGUGCUUCAGAUUCGCCCUUUGGAAAGACUACACCACCGCCAUGGAAAAAGCAGAAAACUUCAGCCACGCGACCUCAACCCGCCAAGAAUGAUUCUGCUCCUAAGAAGACCAUUCAUACUGAGGAUACUACAGAAAACAGCACUACCAAGAAGUCGGCAGAUUCUCCCAGGCAACCAGAUGGUAGCGGAAAGAGAAAAUUCGACCAUGAAAAAGAGGUCACGGACAUGCCCCCUAGCAAGCGGAACAAGACUACAAACGAUCCGCCAUGGAGGACCACACAUGACGUUGUUUUUGCAAAACCUCAAGCAGAAUCACCUUUGCCUUCCCGAGGAGGUGAUGCGGUGAACCAGAACACCGGCUAUGUUCCUUCGGCACCACCAGGCAUUCACUUCGACCGUGCUACAAUGUCCUUCAUGCAAAUUGAUCUGUACGGCAACAAGACGCCUUUCGCGGUAGAAACUCCCACCAACCAUCCUAGCAUUGCUCAAGUUUCUCCUAGUGAGCUUCUCGAAGCAGAACCUGCUAAAGAUCAUUCACCUACAGAGCACGCACCUGUACCGGCCCAAUCUGAGCGACUUGACAAAACCGCUAGCAAGUACAAAUUCCGAGCAUCCACGACUGAUUACAACCGCAAGCGAUCUCGUCCGCACUACGAUCCGAAUGCCAAGGAGGAGACCGGUGCUGACCAGCCAGCUACGAAGCGAGCUCGACUUGGCGUUAACAAUAAGGUCGACACGGCUACAGCUACAGAUACAUUCACCAAUACCACCGAUGAGCCACCCAAGAGAGGGAAGAAGAAGCCCAAGCGCCGAUCCGUCCCUCAAAAAAAGGCCACAUCUCAGACAGCUCUGGAAAUGCAGCUCCACGAUCUGAUACCUCACUACACACCAGACCUUUGCUGGGAUGCCGAAGAAGAAGAGGACUUUCUCAGGAGAGAGCCAGUCACGUUCAUGGAUCUCCCGACAGAAAUGCGAAGAAACAUAUGGGACAAAGUCUUUGAAGACGAGGCUUAUAACUUCAAGGUUAAGAGAUACUGCACCCGCGAUCACCCUAAGUUCAUGAUUCCGACGAAACCAAAGUCCUUCGGUUGUCUUCUCAUCAACAAGACCUGUGCUGAAGAAGUAGCUGAUCAAAUGUACAAAUCUGCACGACUCGAACUCGACUUUGGUCGUCUAAAGCCACCAGCCAUGAGAGAGUUCAUUCAGAACAUUACUGCUCACCGCAUCGGCGAGCGCUCCGAGCGAAUCUUCUUCCUUAAGAAAUUCGGUCUCCAAAAGGUAGACCUCGGCGCUUUCAAGAACGCCAGGGAAAUCGUCUCGCAACUCUGGACCGUCGAAGGUGACGACGACAUGGAAUUGGAUGACUACAAGAAAAAUCGCAUCGAUCCCACCCAGAUCUUCAAUCAUCCCGAAAGCAAGCCAAAUCUGAAAGGCCUAAAAGAGCGACGAUUCUGGGCUGACCAAGAACUUGCAACUCAACGAUAUCAAAAGCACAUCGCGGGUAGAUGCCACCCUCUCUGGGAACCUCUCGACGUCGAAAACCGCAUCGUGAAAUACGACAAUAAUUGUCCGUUUAACGAUCACUGCUUGAACCUCGAGAAGACAAAAAUGGUCAUUGUGCUCAAGUACAAAUACAGCUGUCUCAAUGGUCGACACUUUCGGCAGAAGGAAAUCAUUUAUGACUUGUAUCCGUUGCUGGGUGAGAGGUUGGCGCAGGUUGUGCCACCGAAGUCGAAGUUUCACAAGAGGUGUAAUAAGAAGGCGUGUCAGGAGUUGAAUGCUGCGGCACCAACUGUUCCUGCGACUGCUACUGCUCCACCUACUGCUGCUGCUGACGGAAUCAAGUUCCUGUUGGGUUAG